AUGGCUUUGCCGAAAAGAAUCAUUAAGGAGACCGAGCGCCUGAUGGCAGAGCCUGUUCCAGGCAUCAAUGCUGUUCCUCAUGAGGAUAAUUUGCGUUAUUUUGACGUUUCAAUUCACGGCCCUACGCAGUCUCCAUAUGAGGGUGGUAUCUUCAGACUCGAGCUCUUCCUUCCAGACGAUUAUCCUAUGACCCCUCCCAAAAUCCGUUUCUUGACAAAGAUCUACCACCCUAACAUUGAUCGUUUGGGUCGCAUCUGUUUGGAUGUCUUGAAGAAUAACUGGUCUCCCGCUCUCCAGAUCCGUACGAUCCUACUGUCGAUCCAGGCUCUGCUCGGAGCCCCCAACCCCGACGACCCGCUCGCCAACGAUGUGGCUCAACGAUGGAAGGAGGAUGAGGCUGCGGCAAUUCAAACGGCGAAAGAGUGGACUCGGACACAUGCUAUGGCCUAA